ACGCUCGGCGUUCAACCGAUCAAGUCGCCUAUAAAACAGGGGAUCCCGACAAAUCCCUCAGAAGCUAUAUUCCCGUUCGUGUGUGCAUCUCGCCUAGGAUUUCGAAAUUGUCAUCGGAAAAAGGCAAAGUUUAUAAAUACCACCGCCACACACAGCGAAGUGCAAUUAAUUCUCAGCGUCGUUCUCGAGAAAAUCGUUAAACGAAUUAAAAUUUAUUCGCUGUGAAGAAGCAUUUUUCUUUCACGUCGGAUAUCAAUAGAAGCCGACAGCUAUGGCUGAAGCCCAUUCUGCCGUGGCAUUCUCGUUUGCCAUCACCCACGAGGGCUUCGACAUCAACUAUGACCACGAAGUGCUCAAUUUGGUGUGGAAUUCUGGCGUUCGAUCCUGGAAAAAGCGUCUAGCCCGUGCCAGGAACGGUGUACGCAAUGGCGUCUAUCCGGCGCACAUCCAGAGCCUCUGGCUGAUCUCGGCCAUAGCGCUGGGCCUGCACUUUGCCGGCUACCAGGCUCCAUUUAAUCUAACCAACCGAAUUCUGGUCCAUCUGCCCUCCAACACGAUCAACUGGCAAGUGGCCGCCUGCUUCGCGGCCGCCCUAGUGGUCUGGCUCUCGAUCUGUUUCACCAUGAGAUAUACCCUCAAGCUGCUGCUUAUGUACAAGGGCUGGAUGUACGAGUCGAGAGCUCCUGGUAGUCGCGUCUCUCUGCCUACCAUGCUCUGGGUGGCCGUGGUGCGAGUGCUCUCCAGCUGGAAUAAGCCUGGACUAUACAGUUUCCAAGGAUCACUGCCCCGUCUGCCGUUGCCCUCCGUCAGCGACACGAUGACCCGGUACCUGCGCAGUGUUCGUCCCCUGCUGGACGAUGACAACUACACGCGCAUGGAGCGACUGGCCAAGGAAUUCGAACAGACCAUCGGCAAGAAGCUCCAGUGGUAUCUCAUCCUUAAGAGCUGGUGGUCCACCAACUAUGUGUCCGAUUGGUGGGAGGAGUAUGUCUAUCUGCGCGGUCGCAGUCCCCUGUGUGUGAACAGCAACUUCUAUGGAACAGACGCCAUCUUCAUGAACCUCACCGAUAAGCAGGCGGCGCGAGCGGCCAAUGUGAUCUCCCUGUUGCUGAACUUCCGCCGGCUGAUCGAGCACCAGGAACUGCAGCCUAUCAUGGUCCAGGGCAUGAUUCCCCUGUGCUCUUGGCAGUAUGAACGUACCUUUAACACGGCUCGUAUUCCCGGCCUGGAAACUGAUCGCAUUAUCCACUAUCGAGACUCCAACCACAUUGUGGUGUUGCACAAGGGCUGCUACUACAAAAUGCCCAUCUACUACAAGGGCCGCAUCCUGCGUCCUUGCGAGCUUCAAGUUCAAAUUGAGGAAAUUCUAAAGGCGAAGGCAACUCCUGUGGAUGGUGAGGAACAUCUGGCUGCCUUGACCGCCUGGAAUCGCUCCAAGUGGGCGGAGGCCCGCAACACCUUUUUCUCAAGAGGCGCCAAUCAUGUCUCCCUGCGUACCAUUGAGUCUGCUGCCUUCGUCCUUUCCUUAGAUGAUGAACCCUUCGAGUUCGAUCUGGCCCGUCCCGAGUUGUUGGACAACUUUGGCAAGAAGCUGCUCCAUGGCAAUGGCUACAACCGCUGGUUCGACAAGUGCUUCACCGUCUGCGUGGGCACCAACGGACGUGUUGGCUUCAAUGCCGAGCACACGUGGUCCGACGCCGCCAUCGCCUCACACAUGUGGGAGAACCUGAUCGUCGACGAUCUUGUGUCGGAGGGAUACGAUGAGACUGGCAACACCAAGGGAACCCCCGAGUUCCAGCCACCCACACCCACCCGCCUCAGCUGGGAUCUGACGCCCUGCCUGACGCAGAUCGAGGAGGCCACCAUCGAUGUGACCAAACUGAUUAAUGAGGUGAAUCUGCGCAUCCUGGUGCACCAGGAGUACGGUAAGGGCUUCAUGAAGAAGUGUCGCAUCUCGCCGGAUGCCUACAUUCAAAUGGCCCUUCAGCUGGCAUACUUCCGUGAUGCGGGACGCUUCUCGUUGACCUAUGAGGCCUCGAUGACGCGCCUGUUCCGCGAAGGCAGAACCGAGACAGUGCGUCCUUGCACCAUCGAAUCGGCUGCUUGGGUGAAGGCAAUGCAGAAUCCCAAUACAACGAACGAUGAGCGCGUGAAGAUGAUGCAAGCGGCAGCCGAUCGGCAUCAGCUGGGCUACCAGGAUGCCAUGUGCGGUCGUGGCAUUGACAGGCAUCUGUUCUGCCUGUAUGUCGUCUCCAAGUACCUGGAGGUGGACUCACCCUUCCUAAACGAGGUGCUCAGCGAGCCCUGGCGCCUGUCCACUAGUCAGACCCCGCACGGCCAAACGCCGAAGAUGGACCUGAAGAAGCAUCCGAACUGCAUCAGUGCCGGCGGCGGCUUCGGUCCCGUGGCUGAUGAUGGCUAUGGUGUGUCCUACAUUAUUGCCGGCGAGAAUCUGAUAUUCUUCCAUAUCUCUGCGAAAACCACGUGCCAGCAAACGGAUGUGCAUCGCUUCGCGGCAAACAUCUCGCAGGCCCUGGUCGACAUGCGCAGCAUGUUUGAGAAGCAUAUGAAGGACCACCCGAAGCCCGCCAAAUCACUCACAAACGGCACCGCCUCCACAUAAUCCACUUGCGUAGUCCAUGUAGUCGAGAGAUUCUUGUUAGCAUUUGUUUUAUCCUCUCUAGUUGAUCGUUUUAAAGUUAAACACAUCUAUACAUCCGUCUAAUGUAAGUCCAAAUUAAGUGCAAAAGUCGUUGAGAGAGUUACAUAUACAGAGAAAACAAUGCAAUUUUUUAUAAACAAUUGUGACACUUGGCUGAUUUUAAGAUUUAGUCGUUAGAUACAUACUUUUGCACAAUAUUUGAUGUUUCUCAAUCAGUUAGUUUGUAAUCAAAGAAAUCGUCUAAGUUUUAAGUGCUAUAAAUAUAUAUUUCCUUGUAAGCAA